AUGUCUCGUGCUCAUGAGAAUCAAAAUGGAGAAAGCAACAGUGACAGUGGUGCACCUCAAAAACGUCGACGAGGACGCCCUAAAAAGAAUAAAGAUGAGCAAAAAUCAACUCCGAGUAAUUCAACCACAUCUGGUGCUCGAAAAAGAAAAAGCAGAGCAAGGCACUCCAGCUCGGAGAGCACAGGAGAUUACAGUCCUGAUGAUGAUUUGGAGGACGAAGAGGAAGAAGAGGAGGAACAACAAGACGAUCCGGAUGAUCCGGAAUUCGAACCUCAUCGCAGGGUCAGCCGUAGACAGCGAAAGCCUGUGAAGACGUAUAAUCAAAAAGUGCUUUUCAAAGAGGAAAUGUCAAAGACAAGAGAAUCUUUCACAUCUGGGAGAGGACGUGGCCGUGGUCGACCUCGAGGAGCUGGCGGCAAGAGACGAUCUGAUCAUUCCUUGAUAGCCGAUUGGUCAGAGGGAGUUCCACUCGAUCGUAAGAGAAUGGUGGCUGGCUCCGACGUGAACGAAUAUGAACGUUUAGUUAAGGAGGAAAUAUCACUGUACGAGCAACACUUACCUAAACUCCCGCCAGUGGUUCCGGAUCCUAUGCAAAGGCUAUAUGUGGUCCGUGUAGAUGGCGUUGAAGCGCUGCAGCAUGCUGGUGCAGGCUUUCGAUUAAUGACCAGUUGUGUCACCGAUGAUAUGAUGGUUUCUUUAUUCCACGUGACCACGGACAGGUACCAUGUGAAUAAUGGUGCUGAAGAUGUAUUGCAGCUUGCUCAAGUACUACGGCAUGUGUGGAAUAUGUUGCCGUUGAAAACUCGUCUGGCUUGGGAGGAUGCAGCUCGUAAACUUGCUUUGGCUGCAAAAACUGCCAAGGAGACCGAGGAAACAAGCGAAAAAGAGAAUGGAGAAAAACAUGAAGAAGGACCAUCACGGAAAGAGGCAAUGCCUCUACGAGACCUCCCAUUUGGCAUGGAGAAACAUGCGGGAGAGGCUUCAUCCUCGCUACAUUCAGUUCACGGUCCCCUUCCAGUAGAUUCUGCUAGGAAGAACCGCGAAAUUGAAAGUUCCUGCUGCUCUAUCAAGGCAAAAUGGAAGACAUUUACGGACGUUCAGGUUGGUUGA